AUGGACGCCCAUAACCUUCCCAGUGUUGAGGAGCGCCUUGAGCGACUUUGGGAAGUCCUCGACUUCCUCGGAGAUACCGACCCUGCGAGCGUGGCUCCUGUGCUGCGUGAGCCUCUGAGACUAUUGGGCUUUCGCGCUCAUGCUUGCCGCGCACCAUAUAUUGCAAACGUCGAAGAAGAAGUCGCAAUGUGGAAGGACUUCCUCAACAUCAGGGAGGAAAUCCACAGAGUCACGAAUUACCGCCGCUUCCUCUGUAGAGUGAAGGAAGCAGACACAAAGAACUUACUCGACACUUAUCUCUCAGGUCGACGCUGGGCCCGAGGGUGGUUGCCGAACGGAGGUGCCGCUCGAAAGGCCUGUGAGCAAUGCAAGAAUUGGCUCCCUAGUCGUGAGCAAGAAACCGACUGCCGGUUCAUAUCCGAGCCUCUGGAUAUAAUCUUCCAGGAUUACCGCCGUGAACGAGCUCAGUUUAACAAGUGGCUUAUCGAUGCCGCGAUGGAAAAAGCAAACGAGCCUCAGCCACCGUCCCCCGUACACGACUUCAUUCUACGGGCCACCAAAUAUAGCAUGGAACACGACGCCUAUGGAAAGAAAUGGGAUAUGGAAGAUGUCUACACUGUAUUGUCACAGGCGCACAGCCAUGCGAGGGGCGAUCAGAUCACUUGCCGCGACUUCCUCCCGAUGGGUUGGAAAGCUACGAUGAAGAGAAUCAAUUGGGACCAGAAGACCGUUCUCACUCGCGUCCGCAGUACUCUCAAGGACGACGAGACUGAGGAGCUCGUGGAGGCGAUUCAUUACGAUGGCCUGAUGUACUACGUCUCAUCAUUCCAUCUCGACAACGAUGGCACAUAUGUCAACCAACAGCCCCGCCAAUGGGUCAUCAAUGCCCUGGAAGCGAAUCCGCGGCCGCGGGACAUCUAUCAUGGCAUCCCGUUUUGCCGCAUUCAGACCGUCAGCAACGUCAGGCCCACUUUCUACUUCGAAGACGCUGGGGACAUCACGAUAUUCUGCCAGUUCGCAGAGGAUGGUGGCGAGUGGACGGGAUGUUGGGUCGGCUUACUCCGCCGAGCCCGUUAUAACGAUGGGGCUGUAUUGCAAGAGGAUGGUGUAUUAUAUGAUGGGCGCCGUCGUCAUCAACCUAACGUCAACGUCGGUCAUGACGACGUGCCGGUAAACGAUCCGGAGGAUGAUGACGGAUCCGACAUUGAUGACGAUGGCGUCGUUGCUCCUCCCGGCGAAGAGGCACCGGGUCAUGGAACCCCUGGCGAGGAGGAGGGCAUUGGUCGGAAUGAGGCGAGCCUCGACAAUGUCGCCUCCGCUCUCACUUCCGCUGCUAGUGAUGCAGCCCGUCGUGUUGCCGAGACACGACCCUUCGUCCAAGUCUACGAAGGAGUCCUCAGAGGAGUCGAUGCUCUCGCUCCGACUUUCCAGGAAUUGGCGGAGCAUCUCGGAAACAUCGUGGAUGAGGAUGGAGCGGCUGCGGAUGUUAUCCAUGAUGAGAUGUUGAAUGAACGGCCGGGGAUGUGA